ACUGCAUCGAAUCACCGACGCGUUACCUUGCGGCCCCAGCAAUUCACUGAAGACAUCAUUGGCUUUAUUGCUUGUUUUGGCUUUCCCCCACCAGCUCUCAACAAGCUGCAAUGGCAUCUCCCUUACAGUACGGCCAUCCCAUUUCCCCUCUACCCCGCCAUUUAUCUACGUAUCUUGACUUUGCCCCAUGUAUCUAUAGUCUCCCGGAACUUAUUUUUCAUCUAUCUGGUACACUAUUUAGUCUCGGAGACAUUCCCAAGAACAAUUCAAUAAAAUCGUCACUUUCGAAUGAAUCGUAGUACAUCGCGUUGGUCGAGCAGACCUCGUUGCAUCAGAUGGAUUUAUGUACAUAUCGACUCGCCAUACGCACAUCCGCUCUUACGGGUAUGUGCGGUGUCAAUUGACUACUCAGAUCGGGUCGUUCAGCCGACCAAAUUCGGACAUACUGAGCCGACGAACGAACGUUGUUCAAUGCACAUUGCGAAGAUAGCGGCAAUCAGCGAUACGAGAUGUGGCUGUACCUUCAUUCUCCCCUGGUGCUAGCUGGCAUCCGCAUUACAGUCGUCGUCGUGCUGAAUUUGUUUCCGGCUGUGAGAGACAGAUACUUCCGCUGCUCCGUGCCGAUCUGUGCUCCGUGCCGAUGCCGCCGCCUCCUGAUGACCGCUCCACCGACAGGACGUAUCUGGACAUACUAUCGCUGGCUGCUCAACUUUGAGACAGAUUCCAGACCGCGAGAUCGAGAAGUUAACAGCCGAAUGACAAUCUUGCCGGGCAUGGUGGUGCUCUUAUCGUGCCCUGGCUUCUAAGAGUUGCUGAUUCGCUCCAUUACAGACUCCGGAGAGCGACCCUCGCAAAGCCUCGCAUUCACUCGCAGUCCGAGCAAACCGUGCCCUCUUCACGCUGUGGGAUCUGCAUGCCGCGCAGCGCUGGCCGCCACAUCCGCGACACCCCAUUCAAUUUGCACCCCACCGUCCCCCGCCCGAAACACCUCGAUGUCGGCUUAUCACCUUGCAAACAGCGCGGGAUUCUCAGGACGCGAUGCGAUCGAAGGGUCUGCACGGCGCGGGAAAAGCUAGAGAUGGAUAAGCUCUCGGCUGAAUGACCUACCACGGCCCUCCUGUAUAUGGCAUCGCGUCAAAAAGAAGCUUCGUUAGGCUCCCACACUCGGGUGAGUAUAAGUAGCUCGGUGUGACCUCCCCCACCUGAGUCUGAGCGUGUCACACUCCUGUCCCUCUUCCUCUCAUCUCGUCCGAUAUGAGCAGCAGCCAAGACGACGACAAGCGGUCCAGUCUCGAGAAGGGAUCGGGCAUCACCGAGAAGGGCGGCCUGCACGACCUCGCGGGGGUGGAGGUAUCUGUGUCCGCUGUGGACACGGGUGCAGCGCUUGUGGCGGGCGAGCACGGCACGUUGGACCCGGACGAGGCUCUUCGCGUCAGGAAGAAGAUCGACUAUCACAUCCUUCCGCUGAUGUGCGUACUGUACUGGAUCCAAUUUAUGGACAAGACGACCUUGGGAAGCUCCGCGAUCCUUGGCAUCCAGAAGGGGACGCACAUCAGCACUAACCAGUACAACUGGCUCGGGACGAUCUUCUAUCUCAGCUAUCUCGUCUUCGAAUUUCCCCAGAACCUGGCGCUCCAGCGGUUCCCCGUCGGCAAAUGGAUGAGCAUCAACAUCUUCACUUGGUCGGUGGCGCUCUGCGCUCAUGCGGCGUGCAAGAGCUUCGGUGGGCUGUUCGUCGUGCGGCUGAUUCUGGGCAUGUGUGAAGGCUCGAUCACCGCUGGGUUUAUGAUCGUGUCCUCUAUGUUCUACACGCGGACGGAGCAGACGUUGCGAGUGGGCUACUGGUUCCUCAUGAACGGCACUGCCCAAAUCAUCUCCGGCUUCAUCUCCUUCGGCGCUCUGCACAUCCACACGACGGGCUUCGAGCCCUGGCAGUGGUUGAUGAUCAUCACGGGUGCCAUGACCUUCGUCACGGCCGUCUGCUUCUGGUUCUUGUUCCCGGAUUCGCCGACGAAUGCCUGGUUCCUGACACCGCACGAGCGGGCCGUGGCUGUCAUGCGGAUCAAAGUCAACCAAACUGGUAUCGAGAACAAGCAUUUCAAGAAAGAGCAGCUUAUCGAGGCGCUCACUGACCCCAAGACGUGGCUCUUCGCGCUCUUCUCCAUGCUCGACAACGUUCCCAACAGCUUGACGAAUCAGCGCUCCCUCAUCGUGUCAGGCUUUGGGUUCAGCCCGCUCCAAACCACUCUGCUGGGUUGUGUUGACGGCGUGGUUGAGAUCGUCACCAUCUACACCGGCGUACGACUGUCCGCCCGCUUCGACAGCCGGGCUGUAAUCGCGUUUGUCUACUUCAUACCCAACAUCCUCGGUACGAUCCUCGUCAACGUCCUGCCCUGGAGCAACAAAGUCGGGCUUCUGUUCUCUGUGUGGUUGACGGGUGUCGGGACCACCGGCUUUGUUCUGUCCCUCAGUUGGCUCUCACAGGCAACAGCUGGACACACGAAACGGGUCACGACCAACGCCAUCAUGCUGGGAGCCUACUGCAUCGGCAACUCCGCCGGUCCGUUCAUGUGGCAGCAGAAAUACCGGCCCCGGAACCGCAUCCCGUGGAUCGUCAUCGCGAUCUGCUACGCGUGCUGUAUGAUUAUCGUGCUGGUCCUCCGUGCGAUGCUCAAGCGAGAGAACGCGCGCCGCGACAACGAGCCGCCCGCCGUCGGCCACGCGGCGUAUGAGGAUGUGUACGUCGAGCGGGUCGUCGAGGGCAAUGUCGAGCGCGUCAAAGUGGACAAGGUGCGUUUCGUUUUCCGUUUUUCGUUUUCCGUUUUCCGCGAGUGUGCUGACUGGCUCGCUUUCCUCGCUUGUAGGAAUUCCUCGACCUGACGGAUAAGCAGAAUCGGGACUUCCGAUAUGUAUACUGAUGCUACGAAUGUUAUGACUUGUAUUCUAUAUCCAGCCAUAGACGCACUACACGACGAAUGGUAUUGUAGGUUCUGAGCCUGUCUGCCUGUGGGCCCCCACUGCUGUUUUCGGAUGGAAAUCUGUAUACAUAGGACGCAUUUUUAUGAUUUGGCUUUCAAUGCAUCGAGACGAGUCAUCGAU